AUGAUAGAAACUCUAGAAAAGUAUAUUGAAGUGUCUGGCUAUUAUUCUGAUUGGUCGUCACGGAAAACAAUUUUGGAUAAUCGAGUACGAAGGCAAGAUCCUAAUUCUGAAGAAGCCGAAAGCACACUUACAACUAUGUUGCUUAUAUUCGGAACUAUUUUGAAGACCAAACCUCCUCUUUAUCAUGACAAAUUAAAACAAGAAUUUUACCAGAGAAAGAUUUUGAAAGAUGGAGAAAAUUGCAAGAAGCUCGACGUUAAUUCACCCGAAUACGCUGAGGCAUUAUGUGACGCUUUUGCUGGUAUGCAAGUUGCAUUGCAAAACGAAAGAGAGCUUGCACAGACCCUUGCCAGUAAGACUUAUCAAGAUAUAGAAACUGAAAAUAGGUUUAGUAGUGGUAAUGCGGAACAAGGUGAAAAGGUUUUUGAACGGAUUAAAGGGUCAAUUUCUCUUCGUGAUUAUCAAGAAAAAUUUUAUUUCUUUCCUCAGCAACAAGAGCAACAAAAAGAAGAGUUUGAACUUUGGGAAGUUGCUAGUGAAACACAACAAAAUAAUGUGCAACAAACAAAUUAUGACGGAUUGUUUAUAAGUAAGAGAAAAUCUCUGCUAGAUGAGUACCAUUUAGCUCGAAAAAAGCUUAAAGGUGAGAAGCCGCGGAGAGGAGAGGAAACUAGAAAGGAUGUAAAGAACCUAAUGAUCCAAAUAGAAAAGGAAGUAGGCAUUGUUGAAACCAGAAAUUGGGAAGAAAAGCAAGAUACUAUAGAGAAAAUUAUUCAUAGAGAAAGAG